GACGCACUUCCGGGUGCGCGGUCCCGAGGUACGCGGUGCGGUCUCCCGGUAACCGGAGCGGCUCUGAUUCACGUAGAGACGGGGUUUCACCGUGUUAGCCAGAAUGGUCUCGAUCUCCUGACCUCGUGAUCUGCCCGCCUCGGGCCUCCCAAAGUGCUGGAAUUACAGGCGUGAGCCACGGCGCCGGGCCCCCUAGGGAUUUUCAGGUACGGACUGAGUGUGAAGCAUUUUAGCACAAGUGGGUUUAACUUGUGGCCCUAAAGAACUGGAAACCCAGAGGAACGAAUAUUCCUGCCCCACAGAGUCCCAUCUUUGGUGAGGCUGUUUCUGGAGUUUACAUGAUGACCAAGGUACUAGGCAUGGCCCCAGUUCUGGGCCCUAGGCCUCCACAGGAGCAGGUGGGGCCUCUGAUGGUAAAAGUCGAGGAGAAAGAAGAGAAAGGCAAGUACCUUCCUAGCCUGGAGAUGUUCCGCCAGCGCUUCAGGCAGUUUGGGUACCAUGAUACCCCUGGACCCCGAGAGGCCCUGAGCCAACUCCGGGUGCUCUGCUGUGAGUGGCUGAGGCCCGAGAUCCACACCAAGGAGCAGAUCCUGGAGCUACUGGUGCUGGAGCAGUUCCUGACCAUCCUGCCCCAGGAGCUCCAGGCCUGGGUGCAGGAGCAUUGCCCGGAGAGCGCUGAAGAGGCUGUCACUCUCCUCGAAGAUCUGGAGCGGGAACUGGAUGAGCCAGGACACCAGGUCUCAACUCCUCCAAACGAACAGAAACCGGUGUGGGAGAAGAUAUCCUCCUCAGGAACUGCAAAGGAAUCCCCGAGCAGCAUGCAGCCACAGCCCUUGGAGACCUGUCACAAAUACGAGUCUUGGGGGCCCCUGUACAUCCAAGAGUCUGGUGAGGAGCAGGAGUUCGCUCAAGAUCCAAGAAAGGUCCGAGAUUGCAGAUUGAGUACCCAGCACGAGGAAUCAGCAGAUGAGCAGAAAGGUUCUGAAGCAGAGGGGCUCAAAGGGGAUAUAAUUUCUGUGAUUAUCGCCAAUAAACCUGAGGCCAGCUUAGAGAGGCAGUGCGUAAACCUUGAAAAUGAAAAAGGAACAAAACCCCCUCUUCAAGAGGCAGGCUCCAAGAAAGGUAGAGAAUCAGUUCCUACUAAACCUACCCCAGGAGAGAGACGUUAUAUAUGUGCUGAAUGUGGCAAAGCCUUUAGUAAUAGCUCAAAUCUCACCAAACACAGGAGAACACACACUGGGGAGAAACCUUACGUGUGCACCAAGUGUGGGAAAGCUUUCAGCCACAGCUCAAACCUCACCCUCCACUACAGAACACACUUGGUGGACCGGCCCUAUGACUGUAAGUGUGGAAAAGCUUUUGGGCAGAGCUCAGACCUUCUUAAACAUCAGAGAAUGCACACAGAAGAGGCGCCAUAUCAGUGCAAAGACUGUGGCAAGGCUUUCAGCGGGAAAGGCAGCCUCAUUCGUCACUAUCGGAUCCACACUGGGGAGAAGCCUUAUCAGUGUAACGAAUGUGGGAAGAGCUUCAGUCAGCAUGCGGGCCUCAGCUCCCACCAGAGACUCCACACCGGAGAGAAGCCAUAUAAGUGUAAGGAGUGUGGGAAAGCCUUCAACCACAGCUCCAACUUCAAUAAACACCACAGAAUCCACACCGGGGAAAAGCCCUACUGGUGUCAUCACUGUGGAAAGACCUUCUGUAGCAAGUCCAAUCUUUCCAAACAUCAGCGAGUCCACACUGGAGAGGGAGAAGCACCGUAACUUUCAAGCGCUCCUGUUGUUGUCGUUGUUUUAAACUUUAGAAUCUGAAAACCAGAAGUCUUGUCAUUGCAGCAGCAUCGAUUCCGGUGAUAGAGUUUGUAUCACUCAACAUCAGGGGAUGCCUGAGGAGUGCGAGCUCCACAGCAACAUGGCAGGCAGGAGGUCCUCAGAAGGUGUCAGGAGGUUCCACACUCGCCAGUUCACUGGAGCAGAGUCCCUUCGCCACACUUAGGGUCCCAGUAAGCCAUGCCAGCAUUACCUUUUGCGUAGUUAAACUGACGUGUAUCCAGUCUAGUUAAGGAAGAAACAUUAAGACUGUUUAAUUUUUAACAUAUAUUCAAGAAUUUUAAUUUGUAAAGAAUUGAGCCACAUUGAACACAAUUGAAUGAGAUUCAGAAUAAACUUAUAACAUCUUGUAA